CUCAAACAAAUGCCAGGUUCAAAUUCCCACUUACCUAAUCUCCCUAUCAAAAAAACUAUACCUACAGACCCAAUAAACAAAGCUACUUAGAAACCAAACCAUACAAGAGGCCCAUAGCCAGAAGAUGGCUACCAAGGAACCCAGCCCCACCAGUGACGAGAACUGAUUGUUGAGCUUUAGCCGGGCACGCUAGCUUGUUUGUUUUAGUAGAUUGCAGGUAGCUUUCCUCGCGCGCUUUUUACAGUUUUCUUUAAUGUGACGAGAACUGAUUGUUCAGCUUUAGCCGGGCACGCUAGCUUGUUUGUUUUAGUAGAUUGCAGGUAGCCUUCUUCGCGCGCUUUUUACAGUUUUCUUUAAUGUGAAUCCAAUCGCGUACAAGGUGCGUGGACGACAAAGUCUACUCAUGGAAUUUGGAAAUUGAAACCCUUAAAACUUAGGGCUUAAAGACAUGAGAGCUGAGGGUGAAGAUGAAGACAGCGGAGGUGACAUAGCCAGAUAAGUCGGUAAAAGUUUCAAUUUAAGAGUAGAAAUAUAUAAUUUUUAAUUCAGAUAGGUAGAAUUUUGAAGGAAAUAGAGCAAUUAAAAUUUGCAAUUAUAAGUAAACAUGAAUUGUUAAGCUGUGCUUUCAAAAGAUGGGACAUCAUUUUUUCUAAUUUUGGUUCGGAUAGAGGAUAGGAUUUUAAACGCCCAAAAAACAACCUGUAAUCUGCUAAAACAAAUUUCGAAAAUUUCUUAUCCCAAUUUAACAGCCUCCUUGAUUUGCUUAAACUAAAAAUUUGUUCUUUUUCUUAAAUAGACACCCACCCUUUUCUUCCCAACUAUAUGUUCACUGCUUUCUUUCUUCAUUCUUUCUCUUUUCUGUUGUCUCUGAUCUAUUUCUUUGAACAUUUUUGGCUUCUUUAAUAAUGGCUGAGCAAACAAUUCUUGUGACUGGUGGGGCUGGGUUCAUUGGUAGCCACACUGUAGUGCAGCUUCUCAAAGAGGGUUUUAGGGUUUUAAUCAUUGACAAUCUUGAUAAUUCUAUUACCGAAGCUGUUGAUAGGGUCAGGGAAUUGGUGGGUCCAGCGCUUUCUCAGAAACUAGAAUUCAAUAAGGGUGAUAUUAGGAACAAAGAUGAUUUGGAGAAGUUGUUUUCUCGAACUAAAUUUGAUGCUGUGAUCCAUUUUGCUGGCCUCAAGGCAGUUGGGGAGAGUGUUGCUUAUCCUCGUCGUUAUUUUGACAAUAAUUUGAUUGGCACUAUCAACCUGUAUGAGGUCAUGACAAAAUAUAACUGUAAGAAGAUGGUAUUCUCAUCAUCUGCAACUGUUUAUGGGCAACCUGAAAAAAUUCCAUGUGUUGAAGACUUCCAGUUAAUGGCUAUGAACCCUUAUGGACGGACUAAGCUUUUUCUUGAAGAAAUUUCUCGAGAUAUUCAAAAGGCAGAACCAGAGUGGAGAAUCAUUUUACUGAGAUACUUCAAUCCCGUAGGAGCUCAUGAGAGUGGUAAACUUGGUGAAGAUCCCAAGGGUAUUCCUAAUAAUCUCAUGCCUUACAUACAACAAGUGGCUGUUGGAAGAUUGCCUGAACUCAAUGUAUAUGGUCAUGAUUAUCCCACAAAGGAUGGUAGUGCGAUCCGUGACUACAUCCAUGUCAUGGACUUAGCAGGUGGCCACAUUGCUGCUCUUCGGAAGCUUUUUACAACAGAGAAAAUAGGUUGUGUAGCCUACAACUUGGGUACCGGACAUGGAACAUCAGUGCUUGAAAUGGUUGCUGCAUUUGAAAAAGCUUCUGGCAAGAAAAUUCCUAUCAAGCUAUGCCCAAGAAGGCCUGGAGAUGCUACUGCUGUUUAUGCUUCCACAGAUAAAGCUGCGAAAGAACUCAAUUGGAAGGCCAAAUAUGGUAUUGCAGAGAUGUGCAGAGACCAAUGGAAAUGGGCAAAUAAUAAUCCAUGGGGUUACAAGUCAAAGCCUUGAAUUUUCAUUCUUAGGUUUAUAAACUACACAUUUAUGUUGUCUUCUGAUUUUUCUAGGGAGUUAUAGUAAAUACAGAAAAAUGUUAAUACAUUUUAUGACUUGAGUUGAAAGGCUUCUUCCUCUAA